AUGAACAAUGAAAACCUGUAUGAAAACCUACAACAAGUCCUUCGACAUGCUCUACAAGAAGGCAAUUUUGACGAGGUGCUGGAUAUCAUAACGAAUGAAUUACGACAAGCACGCGUCUACCUUUCCAUGGAUACUGGGGAACCACCAAGAGCAGGGCUUCGACUUGCUGGUUGGCAAGAGGUGGAUAAUCAUGCCCAAGACUUUAUCAUGUCAGAUAGGCGUCUUCGUCUUUGGCUUGGUGACCAACACGAUCGCACGUACUCCCAAUCCACAUUGUCAAGCGGUGCAUUUGAGCGGCCAUCACCAGAUGAAUAUCAAAGCAUCUCACUUGAGGAGCUCACGCCCAUCCCUCCACACGCCAUACUUGACUUGUUGGCCCACACACCAACUCCUCCAACUCCUCCUACACCACCCACACUCUCUCCUCCUCCUCCCGCCGCCACCACCACCACUAGACCCACUACACGUCCCCCAGGUGGUUUUUAUCCUACUUGGGUGCCACCACCGCCACCAUGGUUCCAUGAACCCACACCAGAAGAGUUGAUUCAAGCAGGACUCUUCCUUCAACGAUCCAUUCCAAUAGCAAUCAUGAGCAGCAUCAUCAUUUGGUUUUUUCAUUAUAUUUCAUAA